AUGUCGUCAACAUUCAUGCGCCAAAAGUUGCAAAAUUAUGCUGAGUCUGCAACUUUUCACGGACUUUGUCACGUGUAUAAUGGACAAAUGACAGAGAAAAUAUUCUGGUUGUCAAUCGUCUUAGGAUUAUCAGGAGUGGUUGGCUCGCUUACUUUUCAACUAGUGGAGAAAUACUUCAGCAGAAAAGUUUACCUCGAGUCGCGACAUGUUUACAGUAAAGAGCUGAUAUUUCCUACUAUUACAAUAUGCAACGGUAAUAAAAUGCUGCCUUGGUAUAUACCAGGCCAGCCACAGUUUGAAAAUCUUACCCAAAAUGUUUUCUCAACUGGGUUUUAUGAGUUCUCUACUGCAUACGAGCCAUUCUGUAUUUUUGCUGGAAAAUAUUGUGAUAUAUCAGAGUUUAAUACUGUAGAAAAACAUGUGCCUUGCCUGUCGUUUAACGAAAAUGGCAACUACACUCAAACUUCACCUGGUACGCAUAGUGGCUUGUCCUUUCUAAUCUAUAUUAACAACACAGAGUUCAAAAACAAAGCAGAUUUUGGACGAUUAGAAAUGGUGUUGAGCUAUCCGGGAGAUUUUUGGGCAUUACACUAUGACGAGUUCAUUCUCUCAACUAAUUCUGAAUAUAACAUUGAAUUGCGACAGAAAACAAGAUAUAAUCUUCCGGCUCCUUUUCCGUCGAAUUGUCACGAAGAAGCAGAGAACGAACAUUAUAUCAAGCUCGAUGGUAGGUACACUCACAGCAAAUGUUUAACUUCAAAUGCUUUGAUUUCCCAGUAUUUAAGCUGUGGAGAUGUCUUUAUUCCACUCUUCAGGCCCAGCGUAACACCGUUUCUUAAAAGUAUAACCAAACAUAACAAGAGCAUGGAGAACACAAAAGGCUGUAUUAAACACUCCUUUCAGAAUUUAACGGAAAAUAAAUGUCACUUGCCGUGCAAAGAUGUUCGAUACGAAAAGUCUAUUUAUCCUAUUAAUUGGAAAGUGUCUGAAGACAUUUUGACUUCUUUGAAAAGAGGUUCCAAAGAGAACAUGACAAAGGAAUCUAUUGCUAAAUCGUUUGUGCGCAUUAACAUUUACUUUCCAAGGCUUGAGUACGAAGUUGUCUCAGAGCAACCAGCUUAUUCUCUUAAAGAGCUUGCGUCAGACUUCGGUGGCUUAAUGGGUAUAACCUUGGGAGCGUCUAUGAUAUCUAUGCUUGAUGAAUUUCGCGCGACCAGGUUUAAGGCACUGGUAAUUUUUGCGCUCUUUUUAAGGUUCUAUUUCUUGAGAUCAGAAAUUUACUCAAACCAGCCCAGAGAGGAGAUUAUUAUGAACAGAGUUUCGAAGCUUUGUUUUGGUGUCAACAGUUCGUUAAUUUGCGCCUAA